AUGAGGACGACAAAUUUAACAAUAAUUGAUUACGUCACGUUCGUCGCGGCGCUGUUCGUGACGUUGGCGGUACCCAUAUACAGUGGAUACAAACCCCGAAGGGAUGAUACAAAAAAAAAUUUUGUUUUCGCAACGGGGGGUAAAAUAUCAAUGGGAAUGAUGAUAUUAUCAAUGUUGAGAGGGAUUUUAGGAGUCCGAAUGUUUUUAGGGAAUCCCUCGGAAAUGUUUUACAACGGCACGAGAAUGUACGAAGUCGUUUAUUCGAUCAUGUUGACGUACCUCCUAGCUUCAUACUGUUUCAUACCAGUUUAUUAUAAUUUGGGAAUAACUUCUGUUUAUCAGUAUUUGGACAUGAGAUUUAAAUCUCAAUGCGUGAGAUGUUUAGCAUCUGGAUUUUACAUUUUCCGAAACAUAUUAAACACUAGCGUGAUUAUAUUUACCCCUUGCGUCGCAUUGAAAUUUUUCAUGGGAUUUUCAUAUUCGGUUUCGAUAAUCACCCUAACGGCAAUCAGUACGUUUUGUGCCUUUUUGGGAGGAUUAAAAUCGAUCAUGUUAACGGAUGUAAUGCAAGUCUCGAUAUCAAUCGUUUGCGUAAUAAUAAUAAUAAUAAAAGGAACCAUAGACGUCGGAGGAUUUAUGAACGUUUAUCAAACGAAUAAGGAUAACGGUCGUUUUAUAUUUUUCGAUUUUAAUUUCGAUCCGGAAAUCCGCGUGACGACCGUGUCAGCUCUUUUGGGUCAAUUUUUCAUAUCAACUUUUACAUUCGGAUGUCAACAGCAUUUCGUUCAAAGAUACGCGAGCAUGAAAUCUUUGGAGGCCGUUCGUAGAUCGUUUUGGAUUGUUUUACCUCUGACAUUUUUUUUUUUUACUUUGUAUUGGGUCGCGGGAGCUGUGAUUUACGCAAAUUACGCAUAUUGCGACCCGCUAACAUUGGGAGAAAUAAAAAAAAUGGACGAAAUCGUUUUGUUUUACGUAAAUAAUGCAUUUCAUAAAUUUCCCGGCAUGAUUGGAAUCGUAUUGAGUGCUUUAUUUAACGGUUCAAUAAGUUUGGCGUUGGCAAGCCUGAAUUCAAUGGGAACGGUAGCGUGGGAAGAUUUUUUAAAAAGAAUUCCACUGUUUAAAAAUUUUAACGAUCGUCAAGAAUUGAUAACGAUAAAAAUAUUAACGACUUUUUUUGGAAUACUAAUCAUCGGCGUGGCUUUCGGAGUCGCGACACUUCCGGGACUCAUAGAAAGUUCCAUGCUCAUGACUUCCGCUUCGAGCGGUCCACUACUUGGCGUUUUCGUACUCGCAUCCUUUUUUCCAUAUUGUAACUGGAAGGGAGCCGUUUCCGGAAUGAUAUCGAGUCUCGUCAUCACGUUAUUCCUAAUGUUGGGUAGAUUGUACACGAGAGGAAAAAAGGUUAAUUUUUUACCUUUAUCAAUCGAAGGAUGUACGAACACAACAUUUGACGCGAUAACGUUCACACCGGAAGAAUACGAAUUAAUAUUAGGGAAAAAAAAUUCGUCUGCUUACACGUAUUUCGAACGAGAUACGAUAGUCGAGGAUAAGGGAUUUUUGGAUCAUUUGUUCGGGAUAACUUACAUGUAUUACUCGGUGAUUGGGACUCUGACAUGCGUUCUAUUCGGAGUCGUCAUCAGCGCGUUGACAGGAGGUUCGAACUAUGCCGAGGAUUACGACGAAAAACUCAUACAUCCGAUCGCUCGUAAAAUAAAUAAUUUUUUUACUGGAAAAUUUAAAAAAUAUGACGUCACAAAUCCCGGGGAUAAAUCAAAUUCUAAGAAAAAAAUUAAUUUAAAAAAUCAUUAUGAUGAUGAUGAUGAUGAUGACGAUGGGAACAUCAAAUUAGAAAAAUUAGUUAAUAAUGAUAAGGGAGGAAGAAGGGUGAAAUUAAAUAAGGAGGGUGAAAUCAAUUUGAAUUACAUUCCAGAAAAAGUUAACGAAAGGUAA